AUGAAACUAUGCUCUGAGGUGUGCAGUUUGAUUGCAAAUUUCUGGUGGGCAAAUGGUGAUUCUCAUGCUAAAGGUCUGCAUUGGGUGGCUUGGGGUAAAUUGGCAGUUCCAAAAUGUGAGGGAGGCUUGGGUUUCCAAGAUAUUAAAUUGUUCAAUAGGGCCCUUAUUCUGAAACAGUUGUGGAGACUUAUUGAGUACCCGGAUCUUCUUAUGUGCAGAGUUCUGAAAGAUAAGUACUUUCCUCAUUGUUCCUUUUUUGAUUGUUCUCUAACCAAUGGAGCAUCUUGGUUAUGGCGAUCUUGGUUUUCUUUGCUGCCUACUUUGAGGAACAAGGUUAAUAUUACUAUCCAGAAUGGGGAAAAGACCAAAAUCAAUGACUGUAACUGGGUCCCUGGGUUACUGAAGGGAACUCCCUCUCUCAGAGCUGAUAUAGAUGGUAACUUGUUUGCUGUGAAGGAUCUUUUGAUUGCAGGAGGAGCUCUUUGGGAUUCUACUCUUGUUAAAGCCAUAUUUGAGGAUGAAGAUGCAUCUCUGAUCCUUCAGAUUACUUCUUUAAAUCCUGAUGCAGCUGAUAUUUGGAAGUGUGAUUUUCUGGACAAAGGCAAGUUCUCUGUUAAGAAAGCAUAUAGAUCUUUAUUGAGGAAUAAGAUUGCUGCUGGGAAUGAUGCCCGGAGCCAUAAAGCUCUAGAUUUCACCCUCCAAUAUUGCUCCUCAGCCUGGUGA